AUGCGUGGCUGGGUCCAAUCAACGUUGAGGACGCUUCCUCUCUUCCAUUUGCCUGGGUCACUGGCAUCCACCUUCAGAUCCAUUAAGUACGCCAUGGUUGCUGCCAUCGGCCCCGUGACCAGUGGCCAGUGGUGUUUGGCCGCACUCAACCUCUUCCAAGUGGUUUUCCAGGCCAAGUCAAAGUGGGCUUUUCCGCCACCAAUCCAUGCACGGAAAACCUUGGCCACCACCUUGAAAUGCUGCUUGUGGAUUGUGCGCUUUGGAUCCUGGCAUUUCUUGGCUCCCAUGUCCAAGAUGGCGUGGAAAAAGGCCACCUACCGUGAGCGAGCAUGGUCAAGCCAGCGUAAGAAGUGGCAAUGGCCAAAGGAAGACGCUACAUGGUGGACAAGACAUGCCAAGAACAAAGAAGGGAUGGCCGACCAAGCCCUCACGAAGGCGUGGGGUACGCUUUCUAUGGAGGCAAAGAAGGCCAUCGAAGAAGCAGGAUGGAAGCCGCGGACGAUGGAGCCGGGGCCCAUUUGGCCCCCGGGACUACCAGGAAGUGGAUCGCAAGCCGAAAGCAUGACGCAAAAGGAGUACCAUGCGGCCAUUGAAGCGGUGUGGCAAGGAGCUGAGCCCGCAGUGCAAAGGCUGCUCAGAGCAGCGGGUAUUCCCCCGCCGGGGGACUACAAGCCCGAAGACGAGACGCCCAAACAGGAGCUCAGCCGCCAUGUUGGUACAUAUAGACGGACGACAAACAAGCUGAGAUCCCUCAUUGAGAAGAAAGUCCGGCUUCAAGACAAAACGGAGAAGAUCAAGAGCGAGUUCGAGCAGGCCAUGAAGCAGCUUGCGCAAGUCAGCCAGGCCAUCCAGACCACGGAGCUGGAGGUAGCGGAAGCACAGAAGAAGGUCCAAGCCUGCGUGAAAGAUGAAGAGGACUCGCCAUACAAGGACGUCGCGGCCUACCUGGAAAAGGAAGGGAUCAUCCUGUCUGAGGAGCAAGCAGAGGCGCUCAAAACGAGGAUGGCGGUCAAGGUCGUGGAGACAGAUUGGCUGGGACAGGAGCGGAGGGGCCGACACCUCAGGGCAGCUCCUGGUCCGAACAGCCAAAAGAAGCAAGCAAGACAGUCUGAGGAGUCUCAAUGGGGAGACUCUGUUUACACUUUUGGUGGUGGCCGAAAGCAGUGUCACGGGGACAUUGUAUGGCCACAGGCGCAGGGGGAAGGCAGUCAAGCUGUGUCUAGUACCCAUGUGCCUAGUACAAACAGCACAGUGGAAGACAGCCAAGAGGGCUGGAGUCCAGUCACGAAAGGUCCGGAGCCUGUCCGAACAGUAGAAAGCAGUUGGACGGUCACAGGGCCCAGAUACUUCCAUAUGACAUGGGAGGACAUCGAAGAGGAAGGUGAGCAUUCGGCCUCGCGAGAAGCUGAGGGAGGCAAAACGCAGAGAGGAGACCCGGCAGCGGAAAGAGGGGAGAACACGAAGGCCUCGCAUGGCGCUGAGGAAAUAAGGUUUUCGGCCUCGCAAUGCGCUGAGGGUCACAGAGGCAAACAAAAGACCAAGAGGCGUAACGCGACACCAAAAGAGCCACCAAAGGAACUGCCACAGGAGUGGCACAUGCUUUGCCAAGUGGUGGGUCAAUAUGAUGCUCCCAGUGAGGCUACCGCACUCGAAGCCAUUGAAAAACUGGAAGAGCAAGAUCUAAACCGGCUGCAACAACGAGCAUGCCACGAAGUGCUCCGUUCCUUUGUGGAGAAGGAUGCACAAUAUGCCAAAUGGAUCCUGGAAGACGUGGCCAGGGGGUAUCGCCAAGGGGAUACGGCCGCAUGUAUCAGGAUUACUGCGGCUAAUAUCACCAGCUGGAGAAAACCCAUUGCGGCAUGGAUACACGAGCUAGGACCGGACCUGGUGGUGCUGCAGGAAACCCAUCUCAGGACAGAGGGUAUCCAGCAAGCCAUGAGCCAUUGCCAGGAUAUGGGGUAUACCUUCAUUGGCAUGCCUGGCAGUACAAAAAUUAAGGGUGUGCAAGGAGGCCUGGCAGUGGCGGCACCCCGACACAGGAACCUGCGAUACCUUGCUGAAUUUGGUUCAGGACCCGCGGGCUUCCUGGCAUGUGCCAUGCGAAACAAAGGCUGGGAUUUGAUCAUCGUCAGCCUGUAUUUGGAGAGCGGAGUCGGAUUCCAGGCUCCAAACAAUGUCCAGGUACUGGCGAGACUGAUAGCCUUCCUCAAAGGCUGCAAAGUGCCAUACAUGGUGUUAGGAGAUUGGAAUGAAACCCAGGAUACCAUGAGGGGCACAACUAUGGCGACAGAAGUUGGUGGUGCAUUUGUUGGAGUGGGGGAACCAACGGCCCAAGGAUCGGACGAAAUCGAUUACGGGCUGGUUGCGAAAUGCUUGGUGCCCAUCCUGCAAGUGAAAACGGAUUGGGAAACCCCUUUUCGGCCUCAUGCUGCGAUGCAUUGGAGGGUAGCCCAACCGUGCAGUAGCCCUGAUGUUCCCCAGAUGAAGAAGGCGGGAGCACUGGUCACGGAGACUGUGGAAUACGAACCAGUUCAAAACACACAGACCAUCAACAUCUUGGAUGAACCCAAGAUGGAAGAUGAGCUCAGUGAGACAUUCGCUCACCUGAGUGCCGGUGUGGAGAGGUCGAUCACAGGCCGAAUCGACGGUAUGGGUGUUAAAUCGGAGAUUGUCCGGAAGAAAUUGGUGGUCAACAACCCGGAGAACGUUGUCUGGACAGGCAAGAGGGCGGCCUUUUGGAACCGGGUCCAACAAUGGGUCAAACAAGGCAGACAUCAUGGCGAUGCGCAUCCGGUGGCGCGUCUGGUCCAACGCAGGCUCGGCGAGUAUUACGAGGGUGAUGCGCAGAACCAGGAGGAUAUGCUCGUGAGUAUCCUGGGCCGGGGUACGAACGCUAGACUUGUUCUGAAGCGCAUCGACGAACAGCAAUGCUACGCGAGAAAGGCGGAUAUGGAGGAGACAGCCCACCAGUACAAGCAAUGGCUCAGCAAGGCCAUGGAAAAGGGCAUGCGACCAUUAUACAAUGCCUUGCGAAAAGAAGAACAAGUGGUACAAAGACCCUACAUGGAAUAUGACAUGCUGGAACGGCCACACAUUCGCCGAGACCACUGGGCGGCAGUGUGGACGAAGGGCCAGCCGUUGGCAAAAUCGGCCUCGCUCAUGACGGAGCUUGAGGAUGCAGCCAAAAAACAAGCGGCCAGCGUGGAGCCGCUGAACCCUGUAGAGGUCAAGGCAAGGAUCAAAAAACUGGCACUAAAGAGCCCGGGGCCGGAUGGCUGGAGGAUUGACCAUUUGCAGGCCAUGGACGACAAAGCAGUUGAAGCCGUUGUGUCCUUCUACCAUGAAUGUGAGGCCAAGGCAGCAUGGCCGCAGCAAAUGACAGUCUCCCUUAUAGCAAUGCUGCCGAAGAAUCUGACCCGGGAAAGACCAAUCGCCUUGCUACACAUCCUGUACAGGACCUGGGUCCGGUUGCGAUGGGAUUUGGUAAGUACUUGGCAGGCAGGCUAUGCCAAAAAUGCCACGUACGACAAGGCAGUCCCAGGCAGUUGCUGCUUGGACGUGGCCGUAGGCAGACUGCUGCGAAAUGAGGUGGCGAAGACAAAUGGUGUGCAUGUGGUGUCACUCUUUGUGGACCUUGAGUCCUUUUUCGAUACCAUCCAAUUUCAGCAACUGAUUACGGCAGCAACGGCCCUGCAAUAUCCACCGCUAAUCCUGAAGAUGGCACUGAUGCAAAAGUGGAAGCGGAAGGCUUGUGUCCUAGUGGAAGUCGGACGGAUUACAGAGCUGGUCUACCCGUGGCAGCCGGUGGUGGACAUGGAGCGUCGUGCACUUUUCCGACUAAUGGAGCACACGGAGGAUCUGAUUGAUGUCACUAUGGAUUGCAAGCCGGCAGUCCAAGUGCUACAAAAAACACAACCGCCGGAGGAUGACCUGGAAUGGAGCAAAGUGUGGAAUGGCAGGAAACGUAUCAAGGCAACAUGGGUCCCGUCCCACAAAACUGAAGAGGAAUUCCUGGCGAAGAUGGGGCCGGGUACGUUGUGGCGACGUGCAGCGAAUGACAUGGCAGACAAAGUAUGUGGAGCAGUGGCGGCGGCUGCUUACAGCCCAGCGCACAAGAGGCGUGUCAAAGAGUUGGACAAUGUGGUGCGCACACUUUCCCUGGCGUACGGUGCACGCGCAGCCCACAUAUUGCGGAAGCGCAAAGAAGAAGACUUCCCCUUCAUCCUGGACCAUGCGCAUUACAAAGAGAAGAUGGUGGUCUUGGAGCAGUACUGCGUCAACCAGCCGGAGGCGCGAGUGCGUGAAGAGUGGGGCAAGCUGGCUACCCAAGCGCAAACCCUUGUCAAUGGUGGAAGUAUGAGCAACGUCCAGUUUCAGCAGCCUCGCGUUCAGUUUGGUGGGAAUCGGCCGGACAAAGGCAAGGGCAAAAGCAAGUACAAGCAGAAGGAUCAGCCCCGUGAACGUUCCCCGCUUCGACAGGCCAGACACCCGGAGCAGCCUUGGGAUAGUGAAGAGGAGAGAGCUUCGGAGUCUCCGGUGGGUCCGGAACGCCACGGGAGAGAGGAGAAGACAGUACGGCCUCGCCUCAAGCUGAGGGUGUCGAUGAAGAGCAAGAGGCAAGCCAGCCUCGUACAGUCACUCUGGCGGAAGGGCCAGGUGCGGGGCGCACUCGACGAGGAUAUGCUCUGGAUCGGCUAUGGGACCCUGUGGGCAGGAUGGAUUGGAGUCCUUUUCGACGAAGCGGUGGAGGGUUACUGCCACCACUACUUAUAUGGAAGUAUCAUCCGCAGGGCAGAGCUGUUCAACACAUGGUGGCAGGAACAUCGCCAUGAAGCCGGGGUCCUCAGACAAUCCCUGUUUUACCUGGUGGCUAUAACGUCAUGGCUGACCAUGCAAGGAGUUGCUCUAUCGGAUAUCACGGUGAGCAACGUUGGGCGCGACCCAAUGUCCGGAUCGCUACCACGGGCAAUGUUCUUUGACACGGCGGAGUGGACGACGCUGCAGGAGGAGAGAUACAAGAUAUCAUGCGGCCUCGUACGCCUCCUGGAGAAAUAUGAUGAGGAGCUACUGGCAACCAUACGUGGAUUGGUCAGAACGUACGACGGCAAGGCCAGCGCGCUUUGGAUGGCGUGCGUAGGAGUGUCCCGAACAAUAGCGGUGUGCUUGAGCCCGAGUUUGCUGGUUUUCGGGGAUCUGCAAGCUGAGCACAACUGGAUAUUCUUCGCAGGUAGAAUCAGGAUGGUACAUGUGCUGGCUGCUGAGUACGGGCCACCGAAAGAGACCUGUGGUAAGACAAGCGAUGAAAGGCAACAUAGCGUGGGGCAGCUGGAAGUGUACAUGGGUGCCAGAUAUUUGGUGGCGGAUGGGGUGCUAUCGGCAGGCAUCAGAGCUACGAAUGGCGUGCAAGCGGGUUGCCCAGCGGCGCCAUCGUUGGCAAAGGUGGCAUUGCACCCGGUGAUUGAUAAGAUCCAAAGGCGAAGAGAUGUGACAAAUGUGGAUUGUUGGUUGGAUGAUGUCUCAAUUGACAUCCAGCAUAAAUCCUUUAAACAAGCGGCGGAUAGUGCGAUACGAGUCUACCGCAGCUUAAAGGACGGGAUGGACGCCAAUGGUUUCACGAUUUCAUCCAAGAAGACAGGGUUUGUAGCCAGCAGUACCCAGGCGAGCAAGCACCUGCGAGGACUACUGUUACCGCAUGAGCCGCAAGUGUACGACGUGAUGCGUGACUUGGGCGUCGACAGUACAGGUGGGAGAAAGCGUCGCUUGGUGACGUCGGCCACGCGGGCGAAAAAAGCACACGCACGACAAAGCAAGCUGUCCAGGCUGGGGCCGCCGCCCAGCAGUAAACUCCGCGUGGUUAAGGCUGCGAUCACAUCCGUGGCUAUGUGGGGGCACCCAUCAGUGGGGGUAUCACCCAAAAGAAUGAAAUGGCUCCGUACAGUGGUUGGAAAACACCUGGGCAAAUACAAGCUUGGUAGUUUGGAAACCAUUUUGGACAUGGGAGCCAAGAAAUGCCAGGAUCCGAAGAGCACAAUCCACAAGCAGCAUUUCAAGGUGGUGGCUAAAGUUUUCCGUGCAUGGAUUGGUGGCGGAAAAGCCCACUUUGACUUGGCCUGGAAAACCACUUGGAAGAGGUUGAGUGCGGCCAAACACCACUGGCCACUGGUCACGGGACCGAUGGCAGCAACCAUGGCGUACUUAAUGGAUCUGAAGGUGGAUGCCAGUGACCCAGGCAAAUGGAAGAGAGGAAGUGUCCUCAACGUUGAUUGGACCCAGCCACGCAUGGGUAGCCUCGCCUACAAAUGGCUUGAGGGAUUCCUGGAGGAACAGAAACGGGCUGCAAUAGCGCGACAGGCAGGUGGCGCUGGUGCCCAAGAGGGGCUGGAUUGGACGCCGCAUCACAAGCUGACGAAGAUGGGAGGCCUAAGCCCAGGCCUUAUGGAAGGUAUAAAGUCAGUGUGGCACGCGGGCGUCAUCACGGAGUCCAAGCCUGGAUGCUUCGCAGCAGAUGCAAAAGUGGAAGCGGAAGGCUUGAUCUUCGCCACUGACGCAAGUGGAGGUCCAGGAGGAAUAGACCCACGUGUACAAACAUCAGCCCUCGCAGUGGUGGCUAUGUCCUGGACAAAAGGUGUGCUGGUGGAAGUCGGACGGAUUACAGAGCUGGUCUACCCGUGGCAGCCGGUGGUGGACAUGGAGCGCCGUGCACUUUUCCGACUAAUGGAGCACACGGAGGAUCUGAUUGAUGUCACUAUGGAUUGCAAGCCGGCAGUCCAAGCGCUACAAAAAACACAACCGCCGGAGGAUGACCUGGAAUGGAGCAAAGUGUGGAAUGACAGGAAACGUAUCAAGGCAACAUGGGUCCCGUCCCACAAAACUGAAGAGGAAUUCCUGGCGAAGAUGGGGCCGGGCACGUUGUGGCGACGUGCAGCGAAUGACAUGGCAGACAAAGUAUGUGGAGCAGUGGCGGCGGCUGCUUACAGCCCAGCGCACAAGAGGCGUGUCAAAGAGUUGGACAAUGUGGUGCGCACACUUUCCCUGGCGUACGGUGCACGCGCAGCCCACAUAUUGCGGAAGCGCAAAGAAGAAGACUUCCCCUUCAUCCUGGACCAUGCGCAUUACAAAGAGAAGAUGGAAGCCUCGCAGAAAGCUGAGGGAUGCAAAAAAGAGCAUGGCGGAGCCAAACUCAACAAACGCCAGCGGCUUUGGCAGUUGCUUGACAACCCGGAGCGUGGGCAUCAAUGGGAGAAGGGCAGCGUGGUAUUGGAGCAGUACUGCGUCAACCAGCCGGAGGCGCGUGUGCGGGAAGAGUGGGGAAUCGGCCGGACAAAGGCAAAGGCAAAGGCAAGCACAAGCAGCAGGAUGAGCCCAUGCGAGACCGUUCCCCGCUUCGACAGGCCAGACACCCGGAACAGACUUGGGAUAGGGACGAGGCGAGUGCUUCGGAACCUCCUGCGGGUCCGGUACGCCUACGGGAGAGAGGAGAAGAAAGUGCGGCCUCGCACCAAGCUGAGGGUGUUGAUGAAGAGGAAGACGAAAGCCAGCCUCGUACAGUCACGCUGGCAGAAGGACCAGGAGCUGGGCGUACUCGAAGAGGAUAUGCUCUGGAUCGGCUGUGGGACCCUGUGGGCAGGAUGGAUUAAAGUCCUUUUCGACGAGGCGGUGGAGGGCCACUACCACCACUACUUUUAUGGAAGUAUCAUCCGCAGAGCAGAACUGUUCAACCCAUGGUGGCAGGAACAUCGUCAAGAAGCCGGGGUCCUCAGACAGUCCCUGUUUUACCUGGUGGCUAUAACGUCAUGGUUGACCAUGCAAGGGGUUGCUCUAUCGGAUAUCACGGUGAGCAACGUUGGGCGCGACCCGAUGUCAGGAUCGCUACCACGGGCAGUGUUCUUUGACACGGCUGAGUGGUCGACGCUGCAGGAGGAGAAAUACAAGCUAUCAUGCGGCCUCGUACGCAUCCUGGAGAAAUAUGACGAGGAGCUACUGGCAACCAUACGUGGAUUGGUCAGAACGUACGACGGAGAGAUCCAGAAAAUCACGUUGGGCAUGCCGUAUGACGAAGCGGAUGAGUGA